AUGCAACUGCACGCACAUACGCACGUCACCACUUUGUUGCAGCUCUUAAUCCAACGGUAUUUUGCGCAAUUCUCCUCUGUGUUGAUUGUUCAUGAUGGACGCGUAGGUGCUGGCAGUGACCUGCAGCGUGAGUAUCUUGAGGCAGUGCAAUUGGCAUUCCGCAAUCUGUCCCAGCAGGGCUGCGUAAUUGGGCUGCAAUGGAUUGAUGUCAGUUAACUGGAUGGACGUGGGAGCAGCAGAUACAGCAACAGCAAUGCAAGGAAUGACAGCCACAGCAACGUCGAUGACGGUUUGGUCUAUGAUGAUGAGUUGGAAUUGCAUUUGCUGCGCGCCGUUGACAUUGUAACUGAGGGUUUCAUCACCAUCCUACCGGACACUGUGCGUUUCCUACACGCUCGCUACUUUGCCACACGUUAUGCCGAGUUACGUCUUAAAGAUAAAUUUUAUCUGUUUUUGUGCGAACUCGAAAAUCCGACGGAUUUGCUAUCAACUGAAAUAUUGCAGUUUUACCCCCACCAUCUUAUGGUUACACCGGAGAUACCUACAACUCAGCAAACGGACAAUCCACAAGCAACUCGACUCACCACCCCUACCGCCUUAACAUCAUCCUCCGAGACCACGCACCGCGACAUCAAUAUCCAACUGUGGACACAAAAGUUUGUUGGUGCAAGCGGAAAUUUGGAUGCGCUGCUACUGGACGCAUUCUUGCCGAACGAAACUUUCGCCCGACAUGCUGAACUUUUCCCUAACAAACUUAACAAUUUGAGAGGGCGCCCCAUACAGGUCGGUGCUGUUACCUACAUACCAUAUGUGGUGACUAAUUAUGUGGCACCUGGCAUGGGUGAUGUUGAUGCAUUGAAUGCGACUGAUUACAGCCGCACGGUGUCUUAUUUGGGCUCGGAGGCAGAAGUUAUGAAAUCUUUCUGUGAAUUGCACAAUUGCCAUUUGAGAGUUGAGCAGUACGGCGUCGAUAAUUGGGGCUAUAUAUAUGAAAACGAGACCUGGGGCGGUGUUUUGGGUGGUAUCUAUACACAAAACGUUGAGGUGGCUAUCGGUUGCAUUUACAAUUGGUACAACAACAUCACAGAGACAUCGAAUACGAUUGCGCGUUCAGCAGUAACCUUAUUGGGACCAGCACCAGCCCUAUUCCCAGCAUGGCGUGCCAACAUAAUGCCCUUUAGUAGCGAACUUUGGGCUUUCCUAAUCAUGACGAUUCUACUCUGUGCCUCUGUGAUGUAUCUUAUUCGUUUUACUUCGUUUACAUUGAAAAACUUACGCUGGAAUUUAAAACGAAAUUUCAAACAUUCAACUGCAUUUGGCCAAGCAGUAUUGGAUAUGUUUGCGGUAUUUAUACAACAGCCAUCGGGGCCGACAAGCCUGCGAAGUUUUGCCGCACGUUUUUUUCUGGCAAUGAUUCUUUGUGCCACUAUAACAUUGGAGAAUACCUACAGCGGUCAGUUGAAGUCUAUUUUAACUGUACCAUUAUUCACUGAAGCUGUCGAUACGAUGGAGAAAUGGUCGAAAACUGAUUGGGCUUGGUCAGCCCCGGCUAUAGUAUGGCGACAAACUAUAGAGGGUUCAAAUAUUGAGAAAGAACAAAUAAUGGCGAAAAAGUUUGUGGUGCACGAUUAUGAUUUUCUGUACAAUGCAAGCUUUCGCAUGGACUACGGUGUGGGUAUUGAACGAUUAAUGAGCGGCUCCUUCACUUUUGGUAGUUUUAUAUCGGCACCAGCGUUGGAAACGAAGAUUGUACCAAAAGACGAUUUAUAUUUUGAUUGGACUCGUGCUGUCUCAAUUAGAGGUUGGCCACUGAUGCCACUUUUCGAUAAACAUAUUCGCGCUUGUAUUGAAUCGGGACUCUUUGUUCACUGGGAGAGACAAAUCGUCGCGAAAUAUUUGAAUAGAAAAACACAGGAAAUCAUGUUGGGCUUAGCAUCUGGACACAUUAAUAAGCUACCACCACAAAAGCUAACUUUAGAAAAUAUUUCCGGAGCUUCAUUUGCUUUGCUCUUUGGUUGUUUGUUUGCAAGCAUCGUCUUUAUGUUGGAAUUGACAGUUCAUCACUUUGAGAAAUUUCGCGUGUCUUUUAAAAGUUCACUUUCGAAAGACAAGACCAAUGAAAUGGCUCAGUCAUCGAGUUUAAGUCCCUACUGAGCUAACGUCUUUUGUUCUACCAUAAUCAAUACAAAUUACAGAUAUUUAAACGCGCGCACGUACAUGCAAUCACUUUAGUGAAAAUCGAUACCACUUUACUACACUUAAU